AUGAAUACGGUUAAGAACAAUAAAGGUAUUAGUGAUGGGCUGGAGGAUUUGGGUAUACCUGGACAAGUAUUCCUUAGAGAUGCUCUUACAAGUUGCACAGACCCCUUAAAAGCGAUCGAAGAGUUUCAGCUUGAGAAUGGUAUAUUGCUGCCUUCGCUGCGCCCCAUGCUGCCGCUUCUAGACCUCCAUGGAGUACGUCGACUGGAUUUCCAUGCAUCUGUCUUGGAAGAACUUCGUGAUAAACUAGUAAAUCGUAUUAAUGAAAUUGGAGCGGAAAGGACUGAAAAGAGCACCGGGGAUCGUAGGUUAAAGGAACUGUUGUCUAAAAGUUUCCCUGCAGUACGAGUCGCUGCUUUAAGGCCUGUAGUUAUGUGUAUCUUGAGGAAUACGCCACAUAUAGAAGAUAAAUAUCUCCAAGUGUUGGUAAGGGAAAAGGAGCUUUAUAACGAUGCAGACACCGAGGUGAAACGACAAAUUUGGAAGGAUAAUCAAAGCUUAUUUGGGGAUGAAGUAUCGCCACUGUUUAGUAGAUAUAUCAUUGAGAAAGAGCAAGUUCUAUUUGAUCAUCGUAACCUGAAUAGUCUUUUCUUUAUGCCUUCUCCUAAAGUGAGAAGGCAAGGAGAAGUGGUUCAAAAACUGGCACACAUGAUUGGCCACAGCGUAAAACUGUAUGACAUGGUUUUGCAAUUUCUGCGAACUCUAUUUUUAAGGACAAAAAAUAUUCAUUAUUGUACUUUAAGGGCAGAGCUUUUAAUGGCACUUCAUGAUCUAGAGGUACAAGAUAUCAUUUCAGUAGAUCCCUGCCAUAAAUUCACUUGGUGUUUGGAUGCAUGCAUUAGAGAGAAGAAUGUGGACGUUAAGAGAUCUCGAGAAUUGCAGGGUUUCCUGGACAGUAUUAAGAGAGGACAGGAACAGGUUUUGGGUGAUCUAAGCAUGACUUUAUGCGAUCCAUAUGCAGUGAAUUUUUUGGCUAGCAGUGCAAUUAAGAUAGCGCUUCACCUUAUAAAUAGUGAAGCAUUGCCCCGAGAAAAUGCAGUAUUAGUACUGUUAUUGCGAAUGCUUGCUCUGGGACUUUCCGCUUGGCAAAUGAUAGAUUCACAAGACUUUAAAGAACCAAAGCUGGACAGUCAAGUUGUUACUAAGUUCCUACCAGCUUUAAUGUCUCUCAUGGUGGACGAUCAAAUAAGACAACUUAACUGUAGACUUCCACCCGAUGAGAGAGAAAGUGCAAUAGCUAUAAUUGAACAUUCAGGACCUCCACCAGAUGCCUGCCAAGCUUACUCCCAGUUGUCAGGAGUAGCUGCUGUACUAUCGAUGUAUUAUGCCCUUCAUGUAGGAGGUGGUGGUGGAGUAGGAAGAGGCCGAGGCGAUGCAAGAGGCCUGAUGAGAGUUCUUGCCACACUUCCAAACUGUCAGGCUCAGAGAGCUUUCGAAGAUCCUUUCUUACACACUCUAGUUUCAUUACUAAUUUUAAACAUGGCUGAUGAAUUUUCGAAUGAAUCUUUCUGCACGGUGAUCUUUGACGAAUUCUUCCUCGCCGGCUUAGGAAGAGAUAACGUGACUCGUCAUUUGCUUAAAUUACUUUGGUACAUAUAUCCCAAAUUACCACCAGCACGUCUACAUUCCUUAAUGAAAGCACUUCAACCUACUAGUCAGCACCAUGAAGCUGUCCAUACACUAUAUGAAGCACUUCGUGAAAAAGUAGGGAAUCAAACCAAUGAUGAUCCGUUGACUUCGUCAUCACAAAUGGAUGCUUUGGUGAUGGACUGUCCUACAUCUCCCCUUACUGGUGUAUCUGCUUCUGCGUCUGGGCCACUUUAA